AGCAACCUUAAAAUACAACCUUUAAACCCUUAUUAGAAAAAUAAAACCCUCAGAUCUCACUAAGUUUCUGUCUCUGUCUUUAAAAUGUCUCAAUCUCUGAAAACUCUGACACCCAUAGCUUUGACCCUGCUUCUUCUACUUCUUCCCCCUCUCUUGGCCACCUCUUCCAUACACGAUCUCCUCCAUAGACAAGACUUGCCUGUUGGUCUUUUCCCGGACAAUGUUAAAUCCUACAAAUUCGACGAUUCCGAUGGUCGCCUCGAAGUUCACCUGGAAAGUCCGUGCAUGGUGACGGCCAACCUGAGCUACGGUGGACUCGUCGGAGUGGAAGGGCUGUCUCAGGAAGAGUUGUUUGUGUGGUUUAAUGUUAAAGGUAUCCGUGUUAAGGAUCCUUCUUCUGGGCUUGUUUUGUUCGAUAUCGGCGUUGCACAUAAACAACUGUCGCUUUCUCUCUUUGAAGAUCCUCCUGUUUGCAAGCAUCAAGGAAAUCUUGGGAGGAAGAUGGGAUUUCAAGUCCAGAGGUGAUGGGUUGAUUCAUUUCAUUACUUCAUCUUGAAGAGAGAUUUUGUUUCCCUUUUUCUUUCAUGGUAUUUGUAGAGAUGCAUGUAAAGAUGGAAAAUUGAAGAUAUGAUUUCACAAUCCAAGUGAUAAAUAUUUU